AUGACGACGACUAAAUCGGUACAAAGCAGUGCCAGGAACCCUUCGUCGUGGGAUCCUCAGGAUGAUGUUCUCUUGCGCCAUUUAAAAGAAGUCAAAAAGCUAGGGUGGAAGGAGAUCUCACAGUACUUUCAGAAUAGGACUCCUAAUGCGUGUCAAUUCAGGUGGAGACGGUUGAAGUCGGGGAAUUUGAAGACGAAUAACGCAGCGGCGCUGGGGCCUGUGCCCACAAGUGUUCCUGUUGGGACGGGUUCUCGCGCGGGCAGUGGGAACGGUGGGGUGGUUUCAGCGGAAAGAGAGCUGAGAGGAGUGAACGGGGGUGGUGAGGUUGAGGUGGUGAGAGACGGGGUGUGGGUUGCGAAUGAGGAGGGGGGUGUGGUGAGUGGGGGGGCGGGGGUGUCUUUGGAGGUGGGUGGUGCCAAGAGUGUUGGGGGAGGCGGUAACAGCUCAUCUGGGGCUUCGCAGCCGGCGGUUUUGGGCCAGGCUGGAGGUGGUUUAGGUCAGGUCGGGGGGGGCGGGCAUGCGGGAGGGGUUUCUAUGAAGGGCUCUAGCAGCGGGAAGUUUUUGAAACCUAGAUCCUACUCUUUUAACUCUACGAAUGUGUCUCCAGGCCAGAAGACCGGAGGUGGUGUCGAUGCGUAUGGUGUGGGGAAGAUGCAGGAUGAGGAGAAGAUUGGGUUGAUUCCGAAGAUCGUGAUACGUUCCAGACGUGGGUCUGUGGUACAGCAGUCGCAGCAGCAGCAACAGCAGCCGCAGCAUCUACAGUCUUCAACUGCCGUGACGGCUUCACCUUCUGCUGUGGGAUCGGCAUCAAAUAGUUUUGCUACUGCCUUUAAUACUACCUACUCAAACUCCAAGGCAAGAAAGGACUCGUUUUCUUCAAGAUCCAGGAGAUCGUCUUUCCAAACAGAUAACAGACGUUUGUCUAUUUCGCAAGUCGUUGCGACUACCCCAACCAGGAGAUCUUCUUUUGUGGCCGCUCCAACGUCCGUUAGUAGUCCUUUCCCGGCAAAGCGUGAAACUCUUAACAUAAACAGAGAGUGUCCUGGUUCGAACUCAAGACGUGGCUCUACUACACAGGUCCAUCGUGCUUCUUUGUCACAUAGUUUCACGGAUUUGCCUCGUUAUAUUUCGUUCCAGCCCCACCACAAUGGCGGCCAUACCAUCGUUGGUACUACUAUCACCGCGAAUCUUUCGGUGCAUAAUAAACCUUGGUCUGUAGAAGAGGAUAAAUUACUCCAAGCUAGAGAUGAAAGGCAGCUUUCUUUGGAGGAAAUUUCAAUUUUGUUGCCUCAUAGGUCAGAUCAAGAAAUCCAGUGUAGAAUAGAUUCUAUAUCACCAAUGGUGACUGCUUCUACAAACGAUUCACCGCCUGGAUCUCCGUUUAGAACUCGUGAACGGUCCUUCAACGAUGAUACUGCUAUUGAGGAGGAUGAGGAUGACCAUCAUGACGAAUUCAAAGACCAUACGCCAGUUGAUUAUAACAAUGCAUCAUCUAAUUCGUCUAGUUUCUCGGUUAAGAAAGACCACCAAUCACCCAUUUUCUUUACGAAAAGUAAAGAAACCUCACCAACUACAAGUGAUGGAACUACAAGAUCUAACACUAUUAUUCCUCCCCAAAACGGUGAUUCAGGAACUAAGAUUUUGAAUUUUGGUUCCCGUAACGUCCAUUCAAACCCUGUCACUUCAAAGGCCAACUACGCUUCACCUGUGUCUACCAGUGAGGAAUUUCAAAAUAUUAUGAUUCACCAUAGUCAUCAUCACCCACAAGCUGCUGCCACUCCCUUACCAAGCCUGAACAGCAUCUUUAAGAAUGUAUUAUAG